AGCGCCGCCACCCCUCACUCCCCAUCCCGCUGCCGAGCGCCCCAGCCCCCUCGCUCCGUUCGCUCGUCUUCCUCCUCCCGCGAGCGCCGCCACCAGGUUGAUCUCUCCUUCGAUUCUCUCGCUCCCGGCCGUUUCUCUUCCCAUCACCUCACGAAUGGAUUUACGCCCUUUAGCCUCCCAUUUCAUCUCCUUAAUCUCCCCCAAUUCGUAACUGAGGCAAAAAUCAAGGUAGGGCCCUACUGGGUCCUCCGCCCGUGGUUGUACGAGGAGGUCUCUGAACUUGUACGACUCAAUGGGUUCCUCACCCUCCAAAGCUGGUGGUGAAGAUGCCCUAGUCCUAUGCAAGGAGCGGCUACGUCGUAUCAAGCGAGCCAUCGAAUCCAGGGAUGCGCUAUCGGCGGCACACCUGUCAUAUACUCAGUCCCUGCGAGGUGUGGGGACUGGAUUGCGGCGGUAUGCGGAGUCCAACAUCACACCCGAGUCAUCGCUCUCCAUUUCAGAAGUGGACAAGUCGCCAUCGCAUUCCUCUAUGGCAUCGCCGUCUCCGUCUCGUGCAGCAGAGAACAUUGGCUCCCCGGUGCAUCGAGCAAAUCAAUCGACUCCUCCCACGACAAGAAUCCAUUACAUGAAAGCUGCGGGAACUGCUCCUUUGACAUUCACAAUAGAUCCAUCUGCUGCUGAGUUUGUGGAGCAAGAAUCCCCAGUCUCUGCCUUUGUUCCGCCGCCACCACCCUUGCCCCCGGAAUUAUGCACCUCAUGGGAUUUCUUUGAUCCUAUUGAUGCCGCUGGUAGUGCUACCUCGAACAAUGAGGAUGGGGUGACCUUGAACUUCAGUAGAUUGAAGGGUUUGAGGGAGUCAAGGCAAGCUGCACUAGUUCCAUUGAAUGAAGAACAGGGAAAACAAUCUGACAGAAUGCAUUCAGAUCUUGUUGAUGAUAAUGAAGUUUCUAAGCAGGAAACAAAAGCAACGCAAAGAGGGAUGAGCAAACUAAGUCGAUUGGCUGAUGCCUCAACUGAAGGCACUUCGUCUGAGAAGGUUGUAGCAAAGGUAGAAGAAGGUGACAUGAAAAAGGAAUCGUGCACAGAGACAGAAGAUCCUUCAGAUUUCAUCACCCAGAGAGCGAAAGAUUUUGUGUCAAGCAUGAAGGACAUUGAACUCCGCUUUAUACGUGCAGCUGAAGCUGGGAAUGAGGUUUCAAGAAUGCUUGAGACAAAGAAGAUCCGACUUGAUAUAUGUGCUAAAACAUCAGGUUCUCCAGGCAAGCCUACUGCACGAUUUGUAUCGGCAUUUCGUGUGUGCUGCAAUCGCGACAUUCUUCUCAGCCAAGAAACUGCACAGCAUGUUGCAAACGUUGUUACCUGGAAACGUUCAGUCUCAUCCUUGUCAUCGUCAUCUAAAAGUCCACUUGCAACUUCUAUGAUUCAAGAUGAUGUGGAUGAUAGUAAUAAUGAUUUUGUUGAGCAAUUCGCCAUGGUGUCUGGAAGCCAUUCUUCUACAUUGGAUAGGUUGCAUGCAUGGGAAAGAAAACUAUAUGAUGAAAUCAAGGCAAGUGAAAAUGUCAGAAAGACUUAUGACGAGAAAUGUAGUCUUCUACGGCAUCAAUUUGCUCGAGGUCUAAAUGCAGAGCUUAUUGAUAAGACUCGAGCUGUUGUGAAGGAGCUGCAUUCCAGGGUAUCUGUUGCAAUCCAGGCUGUUGAUGCAAUCUCAAGAAGGAUUGAGAAAAUAAGGGAUGGAGAACUUCAGCCUCAACUUGUCGAGCUCAUUCAAGGGUUAAUCAGAAUGUGGAAAGCAAUGCUGGAGUGCCACCUCAAGCAAUUCAUUACAAUCUCACUGGCAUACCAUGUCAAAAGUUCAACCUCAGUGCAGCAAGGUGAGCAUCACCGCCAGGCAGCACAGUACCUGUGGAACGAGAUGGACUGUUUUUUGUCCAGUUUCAAGAUCUGGGUCACUGCUCAGAAGUCAUAUGUUGAGGCCCUCAAUGCAUGGCUCCAGAAGUGCAUCCUGCAGCCACCCCAGGACCGACGUCGGCGGAAGAGGAAGGUCUCAUUUCCUCCCCGCCAAGCACUUUCCCCUCCGAUAUUUGUCCUCUGCGCUGACUGGCUUUCCAGGAUGGAGUCACUCCCCACCGAUGAGCUAUGCAAGUCCAUUAAAGACGUAAUGCUGCUCCUGCGUGACUCGUUCGAGUAUCAGCCUGAUCAGCACAAACCGAGAAGUGAGCCCCAUUCCAGGAGCGAGUCUCAGGAAUGUGGGAUGCUGGAAAACAACGAACAGGAAACGUGCGGAGGGGUAGCAUCACUGGAAGGAUUACAGUCAAAACUGACUACAGUUCUCAAUUGCCUGACAGAGUUCGCCAAGGCUUCACUGAAGGACCAUGAAGAGCUCAAGCAGAAUUAUGAGAUGGCUCAUGUGGCGUAUAAGACAGUUGUGUCAAAUGCUCAUCCUGUUAAGCCGGAUGUUCAAUCUGGUGUGUAACAUUCACCCCCUAUAAUCCUCUGGUUCAAGAACUGAGAGUAGUUUGGUAGACAGUUGAUCACUGAAUUGAGGGUACUAUGUUUGGUAGGUAUUGUUACUGUUGCAAAUUACGCCUUUAUGUUAGGCUAAUUUUAGCUUUAUUAUGUCUUGUAUUUACCAAAACAUAUGAAGGCCUUAUCACAGUGACUGGUCAGGCAAUCUAUUAGGGCGCGUCUAGUGACUGCUGACGUGCUGGUAUUAGUAUAAUUAGAGUCAUGAAGUUGUGAGAAA